AAACGCGCGGUCGUCUGACAGUCGAUCGAAAGAAGCGCGGCAACGCGCAAGUGUGGUGCGGGUUUUGACACUUUAUUUUUUUUAAACCAUAGUGCAAGUGAGACAGACAUUCGGAUACCAUGAGGCUGACUUUUUGGGUCACAGCCUUGGCUGUACUCAGCGUGACAUGGGCCAAAAAUACAACAUCAAACGCAAAACCGAAAAGACAACUUGACAACAUUCGAUCACCUCAAAAUUUACAGUACUCCUUAGUCCUUCCUCACUCAAGAGUUACCAGUUUUAGGUCACUUAACAACAAUAAUAGAAGAAUAUCCCAUGGACCUCAAGGCAGAUCCGCUAAAUUGCCACCUUAUGCCGUUCAGAUGGAGCCAGUAGUUCAGUAUUCUCAAAAAGACCCUCUUUAUGAUCCUACCCUUGAAAAUGUCGAUGAUGAUUUGAACAGAAAUGAACUGUACGCUCAACCGAAAAUUAUCAGUGGUGGAGAUCAAUCUGGUGAGGGUUUGUAUGGGCCGCCAUAUGGCUCUUUGCCUACAGCUCCGUUGUAUAGCCAUGAGCCACAGCAGCACUACUACGAAGCUCCAGAACCUAUUAUUGAGAUUAUCAUCAAAGAAUCGAACGAAACAUUACCAGCGCCACCGCCAACGCCUAUUGUUAAAAAGAAAAAAGAACCUGUGCAAGUGUUCUAUGUAAAAUACAGUAAAGAUCCUCAUGCUCAUGAUAAAGUAGUAUAUGAUAAACCAGUACCGGCAAUCACGCCGCCGUCUAAUAUUGAAGAUGAACACGAACAUCAUGAAGAGUACGUUACUGUUACUCCUGAACCUUACUACAUUCAGCCACAGACUACUACCUUGAGAGCGAUUAUAAAGCCUGACUCUGAAGUCUAUCACAGCGAGAGCAGUGUAAAAGUAACUUUUGGUAAUGAGGGUCAUGGUAAUCAUGGCCAUUACAGUGACAGACGUGAGAGCAAUGGAAAUAACGAAGACCAUGAAGAAACCGCACCAAGGCCUGCAAUCGCAUACCCUCAACAACAAAUUCAUCAAUCGCAAGAACGAACUGCUCAACCGAAUAACCACUUUCACGAAACUGUCCAAAGACCUCCAUCAAAUCCAGGGCCACAAGUAUAUAGGCCUGUGCAACCAACUCAACAUGCCCAAAGCAGAAUUCAGUUCCAACCACCAUAUUUGGCCAAUGAGCAGCAGUUACCAAGACAAGGACCAUCAAUUGCACCGUUUAGAGGUCAAGUUGCUCGCCAAAAUCCGUUCCCGACACAGUUAGGACCUCUUUCUAAUUUCCCAGGGCCGGUUGCUAAUUUUGGAAACAGUAUCCCAACUGUGGCUGGACCUGCCCCUACCUUUGGGCCUCCUCAAUCGAGACCCAACAACGGCGCUCCAUCAUUCCAUCCCCGACCGCAUAGCCAACCCCCCUUCGCACCAAGACCACCUAAUUUCAAUGGACCUCCUAGACCAACCUUCCAUUCUGGACCACAAAGACCAUUCCAUCAACCACCCCAACAGCCAUUCUUUGACGAGGCCAAAUAUUUACAAGAAAACUAUCACACCAUUACUACCGAAGAUGUUGAAUCUCCCAAAGAUCAGCAAUUAAACAUACCAACGACCGGCUUUAAUUUCCUGCCUAAACCAACGCCCACAGCACCCCAAUUCCAAGACAAACUCAGACCCCAACCUGCCAUACCUACUACCCAAUUGCUACCACAACAACGACCUCCUCAGCAGUUUGUCGAUACUACUCAAAACAGACCCUCAUUCGCUAUUUCUCCAGGCCGUCCUUCUUUCUUCAACCUAAAACCAGCCCCACCCCAUAUUGAAGAAAAUCGAAUCCCAUUCCAGCAUGGACCUCCACAGCAACAAUUUAGUUUCCACCAAGGACUACAGUCACUGUCUAGACCACAGUUACCUUUACAAAACACUCCGAAUAGAUUCUUAGGCCCAUUAGCUGCUUCACCUUCACCACAGAUUAUACCACAGACUCAAUUCUUACCCCAACCAUCUUCCCCUCCUCAGUUCAAUUUCCGGCCACAGCCAUCUCCUGCCCCCGAACGUAAUCAAUUCCAACAGACUGGACCUCAAUUCCAGAAGUUUAACAAUCCUUCAGAAAGACCUAUUGGCCAAAAUAACUUCCACGAUCAAGCUAAUCUACAGCAUCAACAAAACGUUGGUCAGUUCGUGCCUAAUGGAGGAGAAUUAGUAGCAGCCAUACCUAAAUAUGAGCAACAUAUUACCAUAAGUGGUCCUUCCAGUCAGGCGGACUACAGUGGUCUCAGUCAGCAGAGCCAAUCUAGCUCAUCGAUAAAUCAGGCUGAGCAACAAUACCGUCAACAGCAAGAGCAAAUAAGACAGCAGGAACAGCAAAAGAAUGAACUGCAAAGGCAACAUGAACAAAAAAGGCAUCAGGAACAACAGAGACACCAGGAUCAACAGAGACAACACGAGCAACAGAGACAACAAGACCAACAGAGACAACAACAUCAGCAAGAACAGAGACAACAGGAACAACAAAGAUACCAGGAGCAAAACAGGCAGCAGGAACAACAACAGCAUCAGGAGCAACAGCGUCAGCAAUAUAACUUUGACAUCGAACAAGAACAAGUAAGGCAACAACUUGCUCAAAAUGUGCAGAAGCAACAGGAAGAGAUACAAAGAUUGCAAUCUCAAUUGCUGCAAGCUCAACAACAACAACAGCAGCAACAGCUACAGCAACAACAAGAUGCUAAUCAAUUCGAGCUCAACUAUAGACAGCUUCAAAAUAAUUACAACCAGCAACAAGUACAGAGUACAUCUCCUAAACCUCAAUACAAUCAGGAGAGGUCAAGACCAGUGAGCUACCAACCCACGUACCCUACAAGUACUGCGUCUCCACCGUACUACCAAUCUACAUCUCGUACAGUUGAGAUCAAGCCUACGACACAAAAAUAUGUAUCGUCUACCAUAAACUCAAUAAAUCCAACACCUGAAUCAAAGAAAGAAGCUAAAAAGCAGAAAAAGCCAGCUUUCGAAUUGCCAGAUGAAGUCCCAGAUGACCUUAGACAGCAGCUCCUAUCAUCCGGAAUUUUAGAUAACGCUGAUAUUAGUAUCUUGGAUUAUGACAAAGUUGGUGAAACUCCAUUAGAAUCCUUACCACCAGACCAGCUAGCUAAUUUCUUCAGUGCUGGUGGUGGCCAACAGAUUGCUGCUAGUGAAUCAAGGCCCAUUGUUGUGUCACCUAAUGGAGAAAGAAUUCAGUCUAGGAUUGAUGAUGAAAGUGAAGAUGAUGACCAAGAAAUUGCUGCAUCUGAAAAUAUUGCUCAGUAUGAAGUUCCGCCACCAAAAAAAUACAAACAGUCUGUUGAAAUGAAGGUGGUUCAUUUUGAUCCUCAAACUAAGGAAGGACAGAAACUUGCCAAGGAUUACGUGAAGGAAGAUGCAACAAGACUUGAACCGGUUGCUCUCAAUGAUAAGAAGUACAACCGCUAUUUGCCUUUGAAAGUGAGUGGCAAUCAAUUCCCUCUGCCUGAUAUUCUAAAAGGCAGAAAGGUAACAUCGGUGGUUGUAUUAGCCCCAGUAGAAACUGAACUUUUAAAUGGUGAUCACCAAAGAACAGAAAGAGCUGCUACCACUAACUUAAAGGGCAUUAAAUUUAUUGCUGGAGAUAGUCUCCAAGACUUGCUGAAGAAACCAACGAGAGAGAAUUAUGAAAAAUGGCUGAGAACUGAAAAAAGCACUGCUGCUGAUUUACAGUCUGUCGUUCUUCUAGUUACUGGAUCCAAUGAUGAAGAAGAUCAAUCGGCAAACAAAGAAAUCUACAUGUACGACAUUGCGUCAGGCAGCGUGAACAAACUAGAUGGAGAGCUAUCAAACGCGUUCGUAGAAGCAGCAGAAAACAAUGCUUUGAGUAAAGAUUUCGAAAAAAUCGCCAUAGAGGGGGAAGGAACUCCUGAGAGCUUCGACAAAAGUGAAGACGAAAUAGUUGGAGAAGGUUCGGAGAAUGUGCCAUUACUAAUAGAUAUAUCUGGUCUGAGUUUAGAUCAGGAAAACAACCAUCAAGUAUCGAUAUCAUCAGGAUACAGUAAAACGAAACUGGGCAGAUCAUUACGGAAACACUGACAUGAAUGUGAGACGUCCGCAAGGCGUUAUUAUAAUUUAACCUUGUAAAUAGCCUAGGUUUAGUGAAUUUCUAAAUUAAAACUGCGUGAUGAGUAUUUUAGUUGAGCUAUUACGAAAGUGAUAUCUGGUUGUACAAUAUAAUGUACGUUAUUUUUAUAAA